AUGGCGCCGACGAGACCACACAACAAGAAGGCCCGCAGCCGGCAAAAAAACCGAAGCGGCGCCGACAGCGCUAACAACGCACGGCGGACCAAGCAGCUGCUGGCGGAGGCGACGGCGCUCCUGGAGCAGGGAGACGUGACGUCGGCACUGCGGACGGCCAAGGAUGCGGUCGAGGCAGCACCGGAGCGCCUCGAGGCCGAGGCCCGCACGCUCCUAGGCGAGGUCUUGCUCGAGGUUGGCGACGGCGAGGCGGCCAGGACGCAGCUCCUCCAGGCCGCCGAGGUGGACGUCGAAGAGGACGCGGGAGGGGUCAACCUGGGCGCCAGGGCCGAAAAAUACCUCUGGCUCGCGCAGCUGAGCGAGGAUGGCGGCGCGGACUCGGUCAGGUGGCUGGAGCGCGGGGCCGGGGUGCUGCGGGCCGCGCUGGCGAGGGUAGAGGAGCGGGCAGUAGCGGCGGGCCUGACGGACAGGCAAAAGACACUGGUCGACGAGGCAAGGAGGGACCUUAACAGGCGGCUGAGCAGCGCGCUCUGCGCCGUGGCAGAGGUUUACAUGACGGACCUGAGCUGGGAGACUGACGCGGAGCAGCGGUGCGAGGCGCUCAUCACCGAGGCCACCAUGCUGGCUCCCGACCUGGCCGACGCGUGGCAGACGGUUGCAAAUGUCAGGAUAUCGCAGGGCAAGCCGGACGAGGCGCGUACGGCGCUCACGCGAAGCAUGGACCCCUGGUGGUCGGGCGAGGAUGACGCUGCCGUCCCGCCGUUCCCAACCAGGGUCAGCUUGGUGAGGCUGCUGCUCGAGGUCGAGUGGGAGGAUAGGGCUAUCGAGGUCACGGAGCGGCUAAUCAAGGAGGAUGAUUCGAGCGUUGAGGUGCUGUACCUUGGUGGCUUUGGGCAGUUCCUUAUCGGGGAGAAGCUCAAGGCCGCUGCCAAGGAUGGUGUCGAGGACGACUGGAAGACCAUCUGGGCGUCGGCUAGGCGGUGGCUGAAGCAGUGCUUGACGCUGUUUGCGGCGCAAGAAUACGAGGAUGACCGGCUAGGCCAGCAUGCGCAGGAGCUUCUGGGCACGCUCAACAAGGAGCUGGGAGAGGCGGCGGAUGAUGAUGACGACGACGAAGAUGAUGGCUGGGAAGAUGAUGAAGACGACGAGGAGGGAGAUGGAGAUAAGGUCAUGGGUUGA